AUGCCAUUUGGCGACACAAAGCAUUCGCCUCCAGCACUACCCGGAGAUCAAAGCACCAGAUUGCACAAAAGACACGCACGCCUCUGGACCGACACCUAUCCUCCCAUCAAGCAGAAGGCAAGCUUUACACCUUACUGGAUUCGUGUGAAAGUGCAACCCGAGCAGGACUCUGAGCUACAAAUACCCACAAACACACACUCCCGGAAAGCGUCAAUGCAAGCCAUGCCCCCGGGUACUGAAAUGUCCAGCACAACGCAACAGGAUUCUCGAGCUCCGCCUGCCGACGCAAAAGAGAUUUUGGCAACACCGCGAGCUCCAGCCAAAGCCAAGGUCCGCCACCCAGCUUUUGUCGAUUUCCGACGUCGAGUUGUGCCAGCAGAAUUGCCUCGCGUGCAGCGAGAAAGGAAGAUCUUGCGAGUCGAAAAGAACCAUACAGACGAUGGCCGGCCUCUUGGACCCAAUCGUGGCACGCUAUUUGACCCCGUCGUAAGGCCAGUUGAAGUUUUUGUGACUCAAUCCCCGAGAGCGGCGGCACGAACGAGAGCAAGAUCUGCCCUGCUGGGAGGCCUUCAACCGGUCUAUGAACAGCCACAUUUCGGAGAUUCCUGUACCGCCGAGAGUCUCGAUCACACUUUGGAAUGUGGGCACAAGGUCUUCACCGCCGGAGCGGAACCGUGUGCAAUCAACUGCCAUAUCCGCGAGGUUGCCGACUACGCGCAGCCGAAAGAUCUGGAUGCUCGGUUUGUUUGCUUCUGUUGCAUCGUGGAGCACCUGCAACAGCGUCACGCGUCGCGCGUCGCCGACUUCAAGGCGGAAUGCGAGGAGCAGGCGAUGCCGUACGGCGUGAUUGCGCAGAAGAUCCGACUGAUGCAUGAGGGGUGGAGAAGCCAAGACAUCGAAGAGGUGCUCAUUCUCGCCACCAAGGAUAGGUACUGCGAAGCGAUUUGGAUUGAUCCCGACUACCAGGAAUUGGUGAGCAUCGGGAUCGACGCGAGACAGCAGAAGAAGUCGCGGCGGAGCUCGGUGACAUCUGUCGCGUCGACAGCGCCGACGGCGGCACCGUCGAGCACGUCGACUCCGAAGAGGGACAGGGAGAGUGGGAGUUUCGGCCAACAGCCUCCGCCGUCUCCGGCUCUAUCUGCCGCGACGACGGCGAGCACUCCGCGAACGCCACUACGAAAGUCUCUGCAGGGCUUCCAGACGCUCUUCAAGAGCCGUUCACAGCGGAGCCAGUCGGCUGCUCAAGAGCGGUCGGUGACUCAAGAGCGGUCGGUCACUCGAGAGCGGUCGGUCACUCAGGCGCGGUCGGUCUCGCAAGAGCAGUCGGUCUCUCAAGAGCAGUCGGUGGCUCAAGAGCGGUCGACGGCUCCAGAGCAGUCGGAAGACGAGGUGUGGUCCGUCGAGCGUACUCCCGAGUCAUCGCCGGCGAAGGGUGCAGUUGCAACAGCAGGCAAGAAGAAUGGGUCCGUGGCUCGACCGGGAUGGAGGUUGAGAGGUCGCUGA